AGAAACCCGGAAAUGUGAAAAGGGUUUAUCAAGAAUAAUAAAAUAAACACGUGGAUGGAAAAAAAUGGUUUGAGGAUUGUUUACAAAUCUCAUGCCGCACGUGACAGGGGCGUUUCCUUUGUGGAGCUCGACCCCCUUGUUUUUCCCCCCAUUCAUUUCUCAUUCAGUACUUCCUGUGAAAGGUAAACAAAUGGCGCUCCGCACUUUAAACCGUAAAAUGUAUAAAAAUGUAAGUCGAAUAAGAAUAUUUAAGAGUUUAAAAUGCCCGGACAGAAGAGAAAAUAUAAUGUUCGCUUUCCACCCGUGAGUAUUUCUGUUUUUCGAAGUUUCUAUGCUUUGUGAAGCCAUCAACUCUGCUGCUUAGAUGAGCGACACUGAACAUCUCAACUCAUCCUCCUGUUCUCCGCUUGGCCAGGGACGCAUCAAGAAAAUAAUGCAAAAGGAUACAGAGGUCGGGCGAAUCGCUACAGCUGUACCAGUCCUCAUAUCUAAAGCUUUAGAAAUGUUCCUCAGGUCUCUUCUCAGCAUGACCUGUAAAAUAACCCAAUCCAGAAACAGCAGAGUGAUGUCCAUCAAUCACAUGAAACAGUGCAUUCAUUCAGAGAGGUUGUUUGACUUCCUGAAGGAUUUGGCAGAUCAGGCCUCCACUGCGUCAACAUCAGAGUGCAAAACUAAGGGCAAAUGGCAGUCACUCGGGAAACGGUGGAAAAGUGUGUCUAUCAAAGCCAGGUCACCUGAGAGAGAGGAGCCACCCCAAAAAGAAACCAAUGAUGUGGUCAUCAACAGUGAUUCAUCCAGUGAGUCUGAGCUGUUCAUCUGCUUGGAAACACAUUCACCUUAACCGGGCUUCUGAUAAGUUUCGCAAGACGCUACAAUCUCUCACUGAAAACUGCAGUAUUAUUUUUGAAGACCCUACAUCUUUUGGGGCGUAGCUAUUCUUAGCAUCUGACACAAAUAUUUAAUUUUUAAUUUGUGAAAUUGCUCUGUUGUGGUAUUGACCAUGAAAUUAAUUCUAUAUUUUUUGUUUAAGUUUUCCAGGGAGUUUUAAAUUCCCAAUAGGGAAGAAAAUCAUUUGUUUAGAGAGAUUUUGUGAUAGUGAGCAGCUCCACAAUUUUUUUUUUCAGUUGGAUUCAUAAUUAAAACUGUAGUUUGAACUGUCUAAUGUUUAUAACAUGAUUCUCUAAGCUGUGACUUAUGUGAUAUAAUAUUUAUAGAUAAAGGUAAAUAUUUUCUUUUUCUUUCAUCUUUAAAUGUAAGUCACUGGUUUUGUUAACCAUUAAUUAUCCACAGUAGAUUGCAGGGUUCUUUAAGCGGCAUAUUGUAUAUUUGUAUUUUAUAGUGAAUAUUCUAUAAAGUAUGUUUUAAGAUGGCGAUAUUACACAAUAUUGUAUAAAUAUGCAUUUUCUACUCUUAUCCUAACUACUGUGAUAACAAAUGAGACAAGAUGUAAUAAAAGAGUUCAAAAUAAUCAAGAAUCUAUUACAGAGUAAUGCAAAAUAAUGGCUGAAUAAAAUGAGGAUGACGUUU